CACUUAAUAGUUUGCCAAUAAUAAAAUCAAACCAACCAGUAGAAUCAUUGGAGCUUUGUGAUACGAGUUGUAAAGAAUAUUUAGGUGAUAAUUGUGAUUAUCAAAAAUUGACUAACAAGGACACGGCUAACGAAGAGAAUAUUUCAAUUAAUGUACAUAAAGAUAGUUAUUCAAAAAAUAUUAAAGAUUCUAGUCUUGAAAUGGUCAAGUUAACUAGUAAAACUCUUGAAGGUAAUUCCAGUUGUUGUGAUAAUGUAGAUAUUGACAGUUGUUCCAUAGUUAAAUGUAAGUCUUCAGUUCAAAGCAUGUCGUAUACAGAUACAUCAACAGCUGUUGAACAUGCUGAAAUACAGGAACAUCAACAGCAAAAUAGUUUCAAAUGUUUGCCCAAAGAAGUUGAGUUAAAAACAUGUACAGAUGAAAUUAGUACAAGUGAAAAGACUGACAAACCUCCAGUUCUUAAAACAGCAAUGAGUGAAAAUUUUGCUGCCAUGGUUUCUCAGACCCUUAGUGUUUCAGAUAAAAGAUCUAACAGAUCAGCAGAAGUGGAUGAGAAAAACUACCUAUUUCUCUUCAGCUGAUCUAUUCAAAAUCAUCAGAUCCAAUUAAUGAUCUUAAGAUUACAUACGUCCAUGGAACAAGUAUUGGAGAACCUGAAUGCAUUAGUUGGGCUUUAGGUAAUCAUCCUUCUGUGGAGUCAGUCAUUAGUGGUGUUGGGUGUUCAAAUAUGCAGCCAAAGAAAGAAGAUAAAGUGCAGAAAAAUAAAAAGAAAAGUUUCCUUCCAGAAGGUCCAGAAGAAACCAGAAGUUUUUUUCAAGAUAUUAAUGGAAAUCCUAGCCUUCGAACUGAAAACUUUCUCACUACUUUUCAUCCGUCCAAACGAGACAAAAUAUCCAACUGCAUAGAUUCGUUGCUUCCCAAACAAGAUAAAACAUUAUCAAAGUUGAAAAGUAAACGUUCUAAACUAAACACUGAAAAUCAUAAUGUUGUUCUGGCAGAAAGUAUUGCUGGUUAUAGAGGUCAUGAACCUGUUGAUUCACUUGUGGCAUAUAUCACAGGAAAUGCUGAUCCCGUUUCAGAUUCUGACGUCGUACAUCCUAAGACUAUUUCUGGUUGUCUUGAUGUGGAACAGAAAAGGGAGAAGAUCUUUGAGAAAGAUGAUAAAAAUGUAUCAUACAAUAAAGGCCCAUUUGUAGAUUCUACCAAGAAGAAGCAUCUUGGCGUGGACGAAAAUGAUCGUAUUGUCAAUGAAGGACAUAAAGAAGUUCUAACUGACCAGUGUGGGAACUUGUUAAACAUUCCAUAUUCAAACUGUGCUAAAGAGCCAGUAACUCAAGAUACAUGUGUUGUUUCUUCUGUCUCCAUUAUUGAAGAUCUGCCAUUUGUAAAGUCUUCUGAUAAUGUAGAAGUUGAACUAGACAGAGUUGCUGUUUCAGAGACAAAUGGCAAACAAGAACUGUCAAGUUUUGUCAAAGACUUUUAUUCAGUAACUGAAGGACAUUCAGAAUUGAUAGAGGAUUCAGAUUUUCAUGUUGUUAGAAAAAAGCGUAAAAAAUAUCGCCAGACGAAAAAAUUUUUCUCCGGUUUUCGACGCCACAAUUACGUUGCUGGAGAAAGCAAUGAAAGAGGUUGUAACUCUGGCCAAACUGCUAGAAAUAACUCGUUAACUUUAAACUUACCAAUUUCACAACAGGGGUCAGAUAAGCCAGACCACACAUGUUGGAAACACGCUAGUAGUGUUCCUCACUCUGAGCACUCCUCUCCUGAAAAUUCUGAUUUGGAUAGUGUCCACUCUUUGCCCAUUCAUAUCUCACCAACCCUGAACUCGACCAUUGCUCCAUCCUUUUCAGUAUUUAGUUCACAUGCUUCAUAUGCUGAAAUUGCUCGUUUAUCCUCCAGUAAUAAGUCAAAACUAAAUGGUAUUCCUGCAAACAAGAGCACGAAUUCCUACAUCUUACCAGAAUUGCAUUCACAAAAGAGUUGUAAACUUGGUCCUCAGGUGCCAGAGGAUCUUGGUCUUGAGCUAAAUUUUGGUGUUGAACUAAGCAUUCUGAAUAGUACCUCAGUUUAUCCCCUAACCCACAGUGAACAAGCUCAAUUCUCCUCAAACAGUAGCAUAUCGAUUUUAGAAAAAACAUCAGAACUCAAAACUAAUAAAAUAAUGGACAAGGUAACUCUAAAUCCAAUUGAUAAUCUUUCUGGAAAAGAUAAAAAGAAAGAGAAGAUAGAAACUACAAUCAUAGAAGGAAUACCUCGGACAUAUUCCAAUAGUAUGACAGUGGAGCAUACUAAUCUUUCUUCUGGACCUGUGGUUUUAGGUUUUUCAGAGAACACUGAUGUGACCAAAACAAGAGGGUCCUCAAACAUCAGUGGAUGUUCCCUGAAUAAAAGAAUAGCUAAACAUAAGAUUGUGAAAAGAGUAAAAAAACUCAACUUCAGUGGCCGAAAACAACAGUCUUCAGAAGAAAUGUCACAUGGCCUACCUGUAAUUAUCAUGGACAAUUGCCUUCCUUCGGGUAAUGUCUGUGGACUGACUUUUGGAUUCGAAAUCAAUGAAUUGCUCGUUCAAAUGGCCUUAGAUAAGGCUACUAACCAGGAUGGAACUAUGAAAAGUGAAGAGACAGCAGUUGAAAAACUCUCCAAAGUUGGAUAUCCCAGUCACAGUUCUCUUGAAGCCCAGAACAUGCAGAAACAAGUGCCUGUGAACCCAGUACAUUCAUUGCCUAACCAUGACGUUUCAAAACCCACCUAUGAUCAGGCAAGCUUCCCAAGUCAGGCCACCAUAACUUCACUAGCAUGUAAGCAAGAUCCAGUUUCUGGUCCAUCUCCUCAAUGGAUAGAGCCUCAAGAAAAUCCAAAGUGUUUUAAUUAUGACCAAGUUGUCAGUUUCUUUGGUUUAGCUUGGGAAAAUGUACAGAAAGAAUAUCAGAAAGGUGAUAACAGAGCAACUUGUAAUAAAAUCAAGUACUACAGGAAGUAGUGUGUGGAGGUACGUGGUGGUUAGUGUUUAAGUAUUGUGUUGUUCCUGCUACACGCAAGGGAACAUCCCAGUAUACAUCCUUCUUUAGCACGUGUGCAUCAUAUAUGCGUCAUUUCGUUGAAAAAUGCAAUGAAUCAUUGACAUACUGACUUGAAGAAGGUUUUUUUUUUUAGUCAUCCCAAAGACAAGAUCUCAUCCAUGCAAGUGCACUUGAUUCAUUUAUCACUCUCGGAUAAAAAAUAUCAGUCUUGUUUUUUUGCUUGUCAUUCCUUGAGGUGUUCUAUUCCGACUCACUGGUGAACAACUUGGAAAGAGGCACUGUUCUGUUAAUGUAUGUUCUUCAACUUCCUGUAGCGGUUCGUGUAACUUCAAGAAACGUGUUUUGGGAAUUAUCCUCCUUUACAGUAUUUAUGCUCUUUGAUGGCUUAUGAGGAAAUGAACAAUUUUUUUUGAAUACAGUUUAAUUUGAAAAGAAAUGCUAACCCUAAAAAGAUAAUUAAAAAAUCUCCCUCUUUUUUUUUCUUGUUACCUUGAACUGUGAUCAGUAUUUGGAGAAGAUUGCUUCACUUUUAAAUGUUUGAGAAGAAAUACAUUCUUGAGAGUUGUGUAAAAAAAAAAUGUUUUUCUUUUCUGAGACCUCAAAAUACGGUAUGCUGUAAACUUAUAUCUUAUGUCAUUAUUACUUUGCAGGACAGUAACUUUAGACUGUAAAAAACGUUGAUUUCGUAAAUAGAUCAGAAGAGAAAUCUUAAAAGUUAGCAGAUCUGUAAUAGGGGAAAACCAAUUUGAGUACAUAAACUAAGCGACUGUAACAUGCGUAUAUUUUUAGUAUUUGAUAUUUCAAGUCUUCUGUUCUCAAAAGAAAAAUUGAGGAAUUCUAGGAUAUUAACAUAUUGGAUAAGUAACAUGUUUAGAUAAUUAAGAUCAAGGUUCCUGAAAUUUUACAUUUUAAAGUGCUACUAAAGUUGAAGUUAAGAGUAACUACUGUUUGAAUACGUGUGUGUUUUUGUAUAUAUUUCUUUUCUUUUUCCAGAUUACCAACAAAAAAAAAAGACAACUAUUUAAACCUGAAAAUAUUUCAAAAUUACAUAUAUAUAUAUAUUUUUUUUUUAACUUGUACACGCAGAUGCCAACGUUUGCAAUUCUUUAAAUAAAUUCCAGUAGAGGUCAACACUUGGUGAUUAGCAAAACUUAUAUAAAAGUUCUGUUAUUCAGUUUAUAUCUAGGAAUCCUUUUUGGUGUGCAGAAUUAAAACUGCCAUAUUACUUAUAGGAUUUAUGAAAUCUACUUCUCAGUAUGCUACUAGCACGAUUGUUUCAACUGAAGUGCUUGUGUGUGUGAAAAACAAUUGUAAUGCAGGGUGGGAACAUUUGGAGGAUUGCUUCGUGAAGUCUUGCUUCACGAAAUAUGAUAGUGUAUAGUAAGAGAAGUAGCAAAACAAAUUUUCUCUUCCCUGUCCAUUGAAGUGUAUGUUGACCUAGUAGCUCUGAUGAGUUUGUAAACUGAACACUUAACAGUACUGAACUUUUAAGUUAUUAAAUUUCAAACCAUUGAAUAUCAGAAACUUUGCCAGAGCGGCAGUUUAUUAUCUGGUCAGUGUAUGCAGGCUUACAGUUGGUUUAUUACAUGUAGAAAAGGGGUACAAUUUGAACCAGACCCACAGUUUAGUUGCAACAAAUACAUUUAUUACCACUUUUUUCGGGUGAUACUGUUUAUUCCUUUUGCCAUUAGAUAUUAAAAACAGUGUUUAGUGAAUUAUAAUGAAAAUCUUGUGCUGAAGGUAGUUUGACUGUUCAGUUCAUGAUUUGUCCACUUAUGCUUUUUUUAUUUAAAAAAAAAUUGUGGCUCAGCUUUUAGUCUGUAAAGAAAUUAAACUUGUGUCACACUUUGAGUAGUAUUAAUGUAGAUUCCCUGCUAUCUUUAUUAAGUAAUGUUUGUUUCUGAGGAAAAAAUUGAUGAUCGUUAAAUUUGGUAAUGCUCCACAAGAUUGAAAAUUCUUUUCUCAAAAUUCGGGCAGUUUUAAUUUUGUACUUUUUGCAUAAAUAGCGAUAUCAUUAUCAUCGUUACUCCCCUUAUGAGACAGAAAAGCGAUUUUUAUAAAAAAAUUGUUUGGUUGAAACUUCAUAUUUAUCAAGUAUUUUUCGAGAAUAGAAACAGAGGUGGAAAUGUUAGUAAAAAGCUAUAAUUUGGAAUGCACAUAAAUGUUUUAAUACAAUAAAUGAUUGAGAUUUUGUUUUCAUGAUGAAAUGUGCAUCUCAGUCAGCAAAGAACCUGAUCCCUUACACAAGUCAAAAAGCUUUAAAUCUAGGUGUUUGUAAAAAUAAAAGUUCUAUCUACUAUUGAGAACAUUCUAUUUAACCCUAAAGCUCAUAAAAAAUGUUUUUAUAAAGUUUCAGACACUCUUGGAUGGUACUUUUGUUCUUGUCAGCUGCAUUCCUGAUGUAAAAAAUAAAUAAAAGUGAUAUAAAUAAACAGUUGUCAAAUCAA